CGACCUCAGGGAUAACAAAUUGGAAGGAGCCAGAGAGUCCUGAACGAGUGCGGCUCCUCCCAGGCUUAUGAAGCAUCGAGCAGCGAUCAUGUGACCAUUGUAGCCGGAGAGCCGCACUGAGCCAUGUCUAGGGACGGCUGCUGUGGGCAAGUGUACAGCUGCUUAUUCGACUACGACACUCCGCGAAUAGCGCUCAUCAAGAGCAGGAAGAUCGGACUCCUCAACAGGUGGGUUUUUAUCUGGGAGAAAGGCUACCAGGAGUUUGAUACAGUGGUCAGUUCUGUGACUUCUAAAGUGAAGGGAGUGGUUGUGACCAACACAACAGAACUGGGUGUCAAGAUCUGGGAUGUGGCAGAUUACAUUAUACCAGCUCAGGAGGAAAAUGCCGUCUUUGUUAUGACCAAUUUAAUCCUUACCCAGAAUCAAACCCAAGGUCACUGCCCUGAGUUACCUGAAACCAGUUUCUGUUCCAAAGAACAACCCUGUACCCCCGGUUAUGUGGGCAAACAAAGCAACGGUGUACAGACUGGAAAGUGUGUGCCCUACAAUUCUACAGUAAAAACCUGUGAAAUUUUUGCAUGGUGUCCAGUGGAAAAUGAUACUCAUGUGCCAGAUCCAGCAUUUCUGAAUGGGGCUGAAAACUUUACAGUUCUAAUAAAGAAUAAUAUCUGGUAUCCAAAAUUCCAAGUCUCCAAACGAAACAUAUUGUCCAAUAUCAGCAGUAGUUACCUCAAAACGUGCCAGUAUGAUAAAGUGAACCACCCAUUCUGUCCAAUAUUUCGACUCGGCAACAUAGUAAAAGAAGCAGGAGAGUCUUUCAGUGACAUGGCUGUUCAGGGAGGAGUGAUGGGGAUACAAAUCAACUGGAACUGUGACCUGGACCGGAAACUUACAUACUGUGUGCCAAAAUACUCAUUCCGCCGCUUGGACAACCGAGAAAUUGAUCACAAUGUGUCUCCCGGCUAUAAUUUCAGGUUUGCUAAAUAUUAUAAGGAUAGUAACGGUGUUGAAUCCAGAACUCUGAUGAAAGUCUAUGGGAUCCGCUUUGACAUCCUGGUUUUUGGAACAGCGGGGAAAUUUGACAUUAUACCUACAAUGAUUAACAUUGGCUCCGGCGCUGCCUUGUUUGGAGUGGCAACUGUGCUGUGUGAUAUGAUCGUCUUCCAUUUCUUUAAGAAAAGACAUUACUACCGAGAAAAGAAAUACAAAUAUGUGGAAGAUUAUGAUGAACUGGUUGGCAGUGAAUGUGGAUCAAACCCUUGACCAAAGACGCAACCGGAUUGGACCCUUUUAGUUAGUAAUCGUUAAAUAACAAAUUAUAUCAUGUUGUUGGGACUGCUGGCCUGGAAAUCUCUCCACCAACGACGAUACAAUUGUACAAUUAAUGUCCCUUGUACAGCAAUGUGAAUUGAGGAUUGUGUUCUUGAAGGGCAUUAGGUAGAUAUUUCUCCAUUCUCUGUAACUGUUUGGUACCACUUAUUGGAGCAAGGAAAUCUGUUGUCUGACAUGUGGAUCCUCGCAAGACACCUGGACCCCUGUGGAGGCUAAAAUAAAGUCCAUGAAAUUUACCAUUCUGUUUGAAAAUAUUUUGGAUGUUGUUGUUGCAAAAUAGUACGAUAUGAAAGAUCAUUACUCGUACAGAGCAGGGGGGUCUUCACAGGGACACAGAGACCUAUGUUAUAGUCCGGAAACCUUCCAGAUGGGGACAUGAAGCACAUCCGUGCUAGAGAUUAUCAGCAAUAGCACUAAGAGCAAUGUGUGCAGAAAACCAAUUGGGUGACUGACUGGGGAUGUUUGCAUCUAUAGAUCCCAGCUACUGAAUGUUACACAUUUGCUUCCUUGGUCUUAAACAAUUUAAAGUAUAUUUUCACUUUCACUAGAGUAAUUUAUUGGGUACAUGAAGUUAUCUUAAUAUAUUGUGCCUCACCGAAUAAUCGAAAUCACUUUAAAACCAAGGGAAAGGGGAAACCACUAUAAUUUCAUCCAUUAUCUUUAGAGUAAAGUACAAGUGCACACUGUAUAUUAACUUUAUCUCAUGUUUUAAGAUAUGUGUAUACAUAUGUAUCAUCAUCUUCGAAACUCCAUAACCAGUUUGUUGUACUACAAUGUAGUAAAUGUUUAUUGUUUGGUUACUGUUGAUUACUACACCAAUGCAGGACAUUGCUUUAAAGAUGGAUCUUUAUUGAGGAUAUGUACAAGUAUUUCUUAGUCAUGCUGUGGAAUUCAUUAGUAUGUACCAAAUACAGGUAUGUAUUCUUAGGAAAGGUCUAUAUUCAAUACUCAUGAGUUUAUUGGAUCAAUGCUUCUUAGUCUCAACCUAGAGGCGCAGUUCAAGGCCAGUUUUCAUGCUUUAUCAUUGGGGCAGAACAGGUAAUCAUUCAAAACAGAAGUUAAAAGUGAAGAACACCUGAAAAGUCACUUAAUUUGGGUCCACAUGUAACAGAUAAAAAGUUAAUUCAAAGGUGAAUCACCUAUUUAACUCAUGUCUUGCCAUUCAUUGAAAAACAAAGAAUGCUGACAAAUACAGAAACACUAACGGGUUUUAACCCUAAGUACAUUAGAUAUGUUAUUUGACCUUGGAAUUAAUACUUCUUGUGCCUUGAAUUCAUUUUUGUCAAAUAGUUAGUUUUUGAAUAUUAGUAAAAUAUAUAUAUUUUUAUAUGGUAUCACGGACAAGGGUAUAUUCAGUGUCUAGUCGUCUGAAAUGAGAAAUAAAGGGAAUAAAUAAGGGUUUAAUGUGAGAUAUUCGACUUAUUGCCAGUGGCUAACUGAGGAUGUUGAGAAGAGUAGUUGGCAAAAGGCGACAAGGAGAUUGGUCCAUGUUAAAUUUCCUCUGCCGCAGGCGACUAAUAUCCUGCAAUUGCUUUCCCCGCCGGUGGGAAUACAUGCGCGUCGCUCUGUUUUGUCCUAAAUUGCCUGAAGUUGCCCAAUGUAGUUGUUUACCAGUAUGGCAGCUGCACUGGUUUUUUUCUUCUUAUAUUUUUCAUAAUGAUUACUAAAAAACAAAGAAAUGUGAGGAUUUGAGUCAGUGCCAAAAUAUUUGCAAUGGCUUCUGAGAAUCUGUUAUACAAACAAAAAAUCUUAUAUGUAUCAAAUAGGAGUGUGUUGUGCAAACAUGCAAAUACAUUUGAAAAUGUUUAAUAUUUGUAUAUCAACAUUUCUACUUUGUUUAUACACUUGAAUCAAUAAAAUAAGCCUAGGAGACUGAA